AUGACGCCAAACUUAUUGAAGAAACUGUUAUCCCUAAGCAGAUCAUCCCGCGUUCCACGCGUGUUGGUGAUAGGUGGCGGAGUUAUAGGUACGACGUCAGCAUUACAGCUUCUGCAGGAAGGAUACAAAGUCACUGUUGUAGCAAAAGAGUACGCUUCACCAGUCGCCUCUGGUAAACGCAUCACCUCCGAGAUCGCCGGCGCUCUGUGGGAAUGGCCUCCGGCAGUGUGUGGACGACACACAGACGAGAAGUCACUGGAGAGGUCCAAGGUUUGGUACAUGGACAGCUAUGGCAAGUUCAAGGAGUUGGCCAUGAAUCCAAAGGAAACUGGAGCCUACCUGAGACAAUCUGUCUUCUACUUCAAGGAAAAGCNGGAGUUGGCCAUGAAUCCAAAGGAAACUGGAGCCUACCUGAGACAAUCUGUCUUCUACUUCAAGGAAAAGGUAAAUGUGGAUUUAACAAGACCCAAUUUAUUUUAUAUCAGCUUGCAUCUGUCAUUGAUUCUCGACGAUAUCUACAAACUGUAUUCCGUGAACACAGACACGGGUGUAGUGGACGCCUACCAACACAUGGCUCCCAUGGUUGACACAGUCACCUACAUGCAGUGGCUUUACAAACAGUGUCGUGACAAGGGCUGUCGCUUUGUUCACGAUGAAAUUCACGGACUGUUGAGAGAUCAGGCAGAAGACUUGAAAAAGAAAUUCAAAGCUCAGCUGAUCUUAAACUGCUCUGGGCUCAGCGCCAGAGAACUGGCAGGAGAUGAAGAUGUCUACCCUCUGAGAGGUAAAUAA